CAAACCAAACCCUCUCCUCUCUCUCACUCUCUCUCUCUCCGACCCUGCUAGACCCGAGCGACCACCUCUCUCCGCCACCAUGCUGCGCCGCGCCACCGCUCUCUUGACCCGACCCACAGCCUCCUCGAUCCGGGCCGCCCGAGUCUUCUCCACCGAUGUCGCCGAAGCUCCCAACGCCGCCUUCAACGAGGCCUGGAAGAAGGUGGCCCCAAACAUCGAGCCUCCCAAGACUCCUCUCUCCUUCAUGAAGCCCCGCCCGGCGGUCCCUUCGUCGAUCCCGACUAAGCUCACCGUCAACUUCGUCCUGUCUUACGCAUCUGAGCUCUCCUCCAAAGAGGUGGACAUGGUCAUAAUUCCAGCAACCACUGGGCAGAUGGGUGUUCUUCCUGGACAUGUGGCAACAAUCGCAGAGUUGAAACCUGGGAUCCUAUCCGUACAUGAAGGAAAUGAUGUGACAAAGUACUUCGUCAGCAGCGGUUUUGCAUUCGUCCAUGCAAAUUCUUUUGCAGAUAUCAUUGCUGUUGAAGCUGUCCCUAUUGAUCGAGUCGAUGCCAGUCUUGUCCAGAAGGGGCUUGCAGAGUUCACCCAGAAGCUGAGCACAGCCUCGACUGACUUGGAGAAAGCUGAAGCCCAGAUUGGAGUUGAUGUGCAUAGUGCUCUCAAUGCUGCCCUCACAGGCUAGUCUUAAUGGCUUUGUGCACCCUCGUUAAAUUAGUCCAUUUCUACAUAAAGUUCUGCACUUUGACAAAAUUUGAUGGGUCUCUUGGAGGCAAAUAUUUCUGGACGUUUCUUGUAGUUCUGUGUUGAAUGUGGGAUUGACUGGGAAUAAUAUGUAUAAGCAUCAUCUGGCAUACAGAGUUGGACAAAAACUUUAAGAAAUGAGGGAUUAGCAACAUUUUUUUUCCAUGGAGAAGGAAACAGUUGGUUCAUCCCCAUGUUUACAAUCUAGAGGUUGACCAUCUAGCCUUUGAGAUGAUGUCAUAUAUAUGUAUAGCGAUUCACCAAGUGAACUCGAUCAUUUUGAAGGUGUUUCAAUAAUUCAAUUUUGAUGUGGGAUUCAAUUGAAAAAUGAACCGAUACUGUUUGAUGUG